AUGGUCAACCUAGCCAAGCUCGCGAGCCUCGCGGCUCUGGUUCCUGCCGCGCUGGCGUGUAAUGCGUAUACCGGUGGUUUGCCGACUGCUACCUCGACCAAGACGAAUAGCAAGGCGAUGCCGACGCCGUUUUCCUCCUCCGCUCGGGCGCUGGCGGGUAUCAACUCCAACUACGGUGAUACGGCUACGAUUAAGAAUAGCUGCUUCGACACUGCUCACUCGUGCCAGAUGUUCACUGGCUGCAACAACGGCUGCGAGCUUGCUAAGGCUGGAUACUGCUCUAGAAAAGGGCGACUCGAUGUAUGCGAGGCUCGCAAGAAUGGGGACGAAGAUGAAAGUUGA